GAGCUUCCAACUUGAUUUCAUACUUCACAUUUUACAAGCUAUCCAAUUUAUUAACUUGAAGGCUAGAACCGCUCUGCUUACAAUAUGGCAAAGGGUUACAGCAUCUUCGUCGGCCUCGCCAUUGUGGCUGCCCUCUGCGUUGCCGCGUGGUUCUUCUCACCCAAGGGCGAAAACCAAACAACCUGGCGAUCCUCUCUCAUCCUCGCUUUCAUCAGCUGUUACCUAAUGUGGUUCAUCACUUUCAUGGCCCAGCUACAUCCGUUAAUCGAACCGAGACGGUCCAACAUCCGCGAAGGCUUCCAAAACGAAUAAAUCCGAUUCUGUACCUCUAGUCUGAUUACGAGCGAACUUACAUGGGCCAUGAUCUGAUGGGAUCAACUGUUAGGGGUUUCGUGUAAGGGUUAGGAAUACAAGGACAAACAAGAGAAGUCAACAUUCAACCGAAUAAUGACGGAUUCAAGGGCGAAGGAUUAUUAUAUUGCAAUCCCGAGAGGGAGGGGAAGAGCACAGAGUUGAGCGAACGUGGCUCUUUGUACAAACAUCAUUACCACAAUCUACAUUUUGGUCUCGGCGUUUUGGGAAGAAUAGGGCGCAUCAAUCCAUGCUUUGUAGCAAGUCGAGCAGGCUAGGCAUCGCGAGCAGAGCCGCGGGAGAGUGUAAUAUUGGAAUUAUUAGGAGACACCGCUUUGUAGAGGUCCUAAUAAACGCAUUUUGAACA